ACGUGAUUCAACAAAAAUCAUCCGCGGAACAAGGGAAGCAGCACCGACCGACACACAAUUGUUCAGUGUAAUUUUCAGCAAACAACAAGAGACUCAACCCAACGGUAACAUGUCUACAGCGGAGAAAAUUGAAGAGCCCGUGGUGAAAAGCAAGGGCAAGGAGAAGGAAGACGAAAAGACUGAACUGUCGGACGAAGAUAAGCAGCUGCAGGAUGAGCUGAACAUGCUGGUGGAGCGUCUGCAGGAAGCCGACGUGGAGCUGUACCGCCCGUCGCUGGAAGCGAUGGCAAACUUGAUCCGGGCGUCCACCACCUCCAUGACGUCCGUGCCGAAGCCGCUCAAGUUUAUGCGUCCGCACUACGAAGCGAUGAAGGAGAUCCAUAAGAAGAUGACGGCCAAGCUGAAGGACGUCAACACGCUGAAGCUGUGCGCGGAAAUCAUCUCCGUGCUGGCGAUGACGAUGGGCACCGGCAAGGAGUGCCUGGUGUACCGGUUGCUGAGCGACAACAGCACCGAGAGCCUCGGCGAGUGGGGCCACGAAUAUGUGCGGCACCUGUCCGGCGAGAUAGCCGCCAACUGGCCGGAAUCGACGGACAAUCUGUUCAAAAACCGGCUCAUCGAGCUGAUCCAUCAGAUCAUCCCGUACAACAUGGCGCAUAACGCGGAGGCGGAAGCGUGCGAUCUGUUGAUGGAGAUCGAACGGCUGGACCUGCUGGAGAACUACGUGGACGAGAGUGCGUACCCGCGGGUUUGUCUGUAUCUGCAGAGCUGCGUGCCGUACGUGGCCGAGCCGGAGAACGUGAGCCUGCUCAAGUGUGCGCUGAAUCUGUCGCGCAAAUUCAACCAGCACACGCAGGCGAUGCGGCUGGCCAUGAUGAUCAACGAUACGGAGCUGAUCAAGGAAAUCUUUAUGUCGUGCGGCGACAGUGCGGUACAGAAGCAGCUAGCGUUCAUGCUUGGCCGGCAGCAGAUUUUCCUCGAGCUGCCGGAGGGAAUGAACGACUACGACGAUCUGGUCGAGAUCAUGUCCAAUUCCCAUCUGAACCACCAUUUCCUCAAUCUGGCCCGCGAGCUGGACAUUAUGGAGCCCAAGACGCCCGAAGACGUGUACAAGUCGCACUUGGACAACUCGCGCGCCCCGUUCGGUUCGCAGAUCGAUUCGGCCCGCCAGAACCUGGCCGCCAGCUUCGUGAACGGGUUCGUGAAUGCCGGCUUCGGGCAGGACAAGCUGCUGAUGGAGGACGGCAACAAGUGGCUGUACAAGAACAAAGAGCACGGUAUGCUGAGUGCGACCGCUUCGCUCGGACUGAUACUGCUGUGGGAUGUGGACGGUGGUCUGACCCCGAUUGACAAGUAUUUGUACUCGAACGAAGAUUACAUCAAGUCGGGCGCACUGCUGGCCUGCGGUAUCGUAAACUGUGGCGUACGCAACGAGGUCGAUCCGGCGCUGGCCCUGCUGUCGGACUACGUGCUGCAUCAGAACACGACGAUGCGCAUCGGCGCCAUCCUUGGGCUGGGUUUGGCGUACGCUGGCUCGAACCGGUCGGUGGUGUUGGAGCUGAUUGGCUCGGUGUUCAGCUCGGAGCGUCGCACGGGCUCAAACAUGGAGGUGAUGGGCAUUGCGGCCCUUUCGCUCGGUAUGAUUGCCGUCGGCUCGUGCAACAGCGAGGUGACGGAGGUGCUCCUGCAGAUCAUUAUGGAUCGCAGCGAGGCCGAUCUGAAGGACACUUACGCUCGCUUCCUGCCACUCGGUCUGGGACUGGUGUACCUUGGCCGGCAGGAGGCGGUCGAAGCGGUUACGGCUGCGCUCGAGAUAGUGGCCGAACCGUUCCGCUCGAUGGCCACCACCAUGGUGGAAAUCUGCGCAUACGCCGGUACGGGCAAUGUGCUGAAAAUCCAGCAACUGCUCCAUCUCUGCUCGGAGCAUUACGAACCGUCGGCUUCGUCGAGCGAGGAACCGGCGUCCAAGAAGUCCGAAUCAAAGGACACCAGCAACAAGGAAAAGGAGGACAAGGAAAAGGAUCUCUCUGGAUGCCAGGCGGUGGCAGUGCUCGGUAUUGCGCUGAUUGCGAUGGGUGAGGAGAUCGGUGCCGAGAUGGCAUUCCGCUCGUUCGGCAACCUGCUGCGCUACUGUGAGCCGUGCAUACGCCGAGCGGUCCCGCUAGCUCUCGGGUUGAUUUCCGUCUCGAACCCGAAGCUGAACAUACUGGACACGCUGAGCAAAUUUUCGCACGACAGCGACGCCGAGGUAGCGCAUAAUGCCAUCUUUGCGAUGGGUUUGGUCGGAGCGGGAACGAACAACGCGCGUUUGGCGUCGAUGCUGCGCCAGCUGGCGCAGUAUCACGCCAAGGACCCGAACAACCUGUUCAUGGUGCGCAUCGCCCAGGGAUUGACCCAUCUGGGCAAGGGUACGUUCACGAUCAGCCCGUACCACAGCGAUCGGCAGCUGAUGAGCCCGGUUGCUGUUGCCGGCCUGAUGGCGGCACUUGUCUCGUUCCUGGACGUGAAGAACAUUAUUCUUGGCAAAUCGCACUACUUGCUGUACACCCUAACGACCGCCAUGCAACCGCGCAUGCUAAUUACAUUCACCGAAGACUUGAACUCAUGUCCCGUCCCAGUCCGUGUCGGAAUGGCCGUAGACGUCGUCGGACAGGCGGGUAAGCCCAAAACCAUUACCGGCUUCCAGACACACACCACUCCGGUGCUGCUGGCGAUGGGCGAACGUGCCGAACUGGCGACCGAGGAGUACAUCUCCUUGACACCGAUCAUGGAAGGGUUCUGCAUUUUGCGAAAAAAUCCCAAUUAUGUCCCGUAAAGAGCAGCGACGACUAGCAACCGCCGUGUUUCCCUCCCAGCUGUUUUGCGAAACCAUUCAACCUCCCGCUUGUCAUCAUUGAAGUGUGGUAACCGUAUCCUGUCACGCAAUCAGGGGAAGGAAUAGCACGCUUUCAGUUACAAACGGCCCGCGCGUGUCGAUUUAUUACUGCUACACAAAAAAAGAAACAUUUACUUAUACACUUAGGAUCGUAAUAAAUAAAGAUUUUCGAAACGGUA